AUGACCUUGGAUGAGACACUAAAUCAAGCAAUUCAUAGAGGAGAGAAUCCAUUUGAAUGUGUCGAAUGUGGGAAGGCUUUCAGCCGGAGUUCCCAACUUAUUGUACAUCAGAGAAUUCAUGCUGGAGAGAAACUCUAUGAAUGUAACGAAUGUGGGAAAGCCUUCCACUGGUGUUCACGGCUUAUACAACAUCAGAGAAUUCACAGUGGAGAGAAACCUUUUGAAUGUAAUGAAUGUGGGAAGGCCUUUCGCCAGAGAAUACAACUUACUGUCCAUCAGAGAAUUCAUACUGGCGAGAAACCUUACGAGUGUAAAGAAUGUGGGAAAGCCUUCCACCGAAGUACAGGACUUACCCAACAUCAAAAAAUUCAUACAGGAGAGAAACCUUAUGAAUGCAAUGAAUGUGGGAAGACUUUCUGCCGGAGCUCACAGCUUAACCAACAUCAGAGAAUUCAUACUGGAGAGAAACUAUAUGAAUGUAGCGAAUGUGGGAAGGCCUUCUGCCGCAGGUCACAACUGACACAACAUCAGAUAAUUCAUACUGGAGAGAAACCGUAUGAAUGUAGUGAUUGUGGGAAAGCCUUCCAUCAGACUUCACAACUCAUCCGACAUAAAAGAAUUCAUACAGGAGAGAAACCUUAUGAAUGUAAGGUCUGUGCAAAAACCUUCCGCAGGAGCUCACAACUCACUCAACACAAGGUAAUUCAUACAGGAGAGAAACCUUAUGAGUGCAAUGAGUGUGGGAAAGCCUUCUGCUGGAGCUCACAGCUUACUCGACACCAGAAAAAUCAUACUGGAGAGAAACCUCCUGAAUAUAACACGUCAGAGAAUGCCUUCCAUGCACAGAAACAACUUACUCAACACCACAAAAUACCUCCUGGAGAGAAGUCUUAUAAAGUUAAGUCCUUAUGAAUACAGUGAAUGUGAGAAGGGCUUUAGACAAAGCAAACCCUUUACUGAAAACUAGCUAACUCACACUAAAGCAAAACUCUAUAGAUGUGGCAAAUCUAUGCCCAAUUCCCCACUAUAGUUCUAAUUUUCUUUCACUCUC